GGGAAGGGAGGGCACGGGGAGCGGAUUAGCGCUGCGUCGGUGCCCGGUGUCAUUUUUAGACUACACAACAACGCAGAGUGACUGAGGGUAACGUGUACAGGGUAGAGACCGGUUUUGCACCUGCUUGUCCUCCUGGGUCAGUGUCAGCAUCUCUCCGAGCUCUUUCUCCAGCCUCUCCCCAGCGUUCAAACAUGUCUCUGUCCGGCUCGCAGACGCCAGAGGACGGACUCUACGGCUCCUGGGUCGAGCUGGAGGAGCUGAUUGCAGCCGUGAGCCGCAGAGAGAGCCUGACAGGGCCGCAGGACAGCGUUUCCACCGCCCUGCAGGGGGAGCUGGAGAGGAUCCUCCUGGAGGCACAGCUGGAGUGCGAGCGGAGUAGAGACAGUCCUCCACAGGCCACGACUCCACAGUCCACCGGCUCACCAAGACCCACCAGUGAGCACGACAGUGACUGUGUCACUAUACAGGAGGAAGGUGAGCGACGGGUGGACACUGACUGGGUGUGGGAUUGGUCCAGUAGACCUGAAAACAUGCCACCGAAAGAGUUUGUGUUUCAGCACCCAAAGCAGCAGAGCUCCCUCAGUGUCAGAAAGACAGAGGUGAUGAAGAGAGGCAUCUUCUCCUCCGAUGUUCUCCUCAUUCUUGUUCCCUCGCUGCUGGCUUCACACCUUCUCACGCUUGGAGUCGGGAUCUACAUAGGAAAGCGAUUGGCUGCAUCCACCACCAGUACACUGUGACAGCAACUAUACGCCAGUGCCCCUAUUUGCUAACAGUGUGGCCAAUAAGGUCAAAGUCCACCCUCUCUAAUGCACUAAUUUGCCUCCUUUCUUUGUCAUGGGGCUAAAAUAGGACCUUGCCUGUCUGUACCUGUCUCUCUAUCUAUCCAGCAGUACUCUGUCUUUUCUGUCAGCCUCUUUGUUGUCUGUGCAUUUCAUAGGGCCCUGGGAGCAGAUGGCUGCUGACCAGUGAGUCAGACUGAGGUCACUUUUACUCUCCCGCAAAGUAACACUGAUCUCAACCAGCUAAUCGGGAGUGUAAUCAGAGGGGGGGUAGUUUUCCUGACACAAAAGAAGAGAGGGAAAGAGAAUUCUACUCAGCUAGAAUAAUAAAUCCCUUUGAUGGGAGGAGAUGAAAACUGUUUGUUGGGAACGGUGUGUUCCAACAAAAUGAAAAGGAUAAUGUGCGAUACCCAUUCACCCAACCUCUGAAAAAGCAAAAUGUCUGUCAUUUGUCAGAAGUAAUGAUCCUCUGUAAGACUGAGCUGCUUAAAGCGGUUCUUAGCUCUUUCCUUUUUUUUUGGUCGGCCUGAUGGUGAAUCUAAUGUAGGGACUUCUAGUUGGCUGAGUGAAUGUAGGAGAGGCUCUGGUUGUGCUUUUUGUCCCGUAAACCCAUUAAAUAUUUGACCUCCGACAAAGGCAAUCACGAUCCCAUUAAACUUCACUCCUCCAAACCUUAA